CUUUUGCUCUUGAUAUAGCACUGGGAAUUGGUGGACUUCCAAAGGGACGUGUUGUAGAAAUAUAUGGUCCAGAGGCUUCUGGGAAAACAACUCUUGCUUUACAUGUGAUUUCAGAGGCACAGAAGCAAGGAGUAGGGAAGUUACCAGCAUCUCAGGCUAAUCCUGAAAUGGUCUCUGCUUUUAGAAGAGAGGAAAAAGAACAGGUCAUGAGGCUUUUGGACAAUUACUUGAGAAUUUGCCGUGCAGCUAAGGUUAAGGCAAGCUUUAUGAUGACAGAAGCUGAUCAAGUCCAGAAAGGGAUUGUUGCUUUGGUUGUCGGGCAUAAUAUUAGGAGGCUUGUUAUUGGAGCAAUGCCCGAAGGUUGGAUGAAAGUCAAAAGGAAUUCCAGGAAAGCAAAUUAUGCUGCCAAAAAUGCACCCCCCUUCUGUAAAAUAUGGUUUAUCUAUAGAGGUAAACAUAUUUGGACAAGAGAAGCUUCUGAAAAACCUUGUUCUUUAUCACUGUGUGAAACAAUUGAAACAGAAGGCACUUUUGCCGCCGAAUCAACUACAUCCAGCGGUCCAUUGCCCUAAAAUUCUGCUGAGAGUUCUUCAGAUACUUAUUUAGAGGCUGAAGAAGAAAGAGUUAAUAGUCAACUUGUUGAAGUCAAACAAGAAGCUGAUGAAGCA